UGACAGUAACAGGAGAAAGAUGAAAACAAACCAAUCCACCCAAAUCUCCUCUUUCCAAAGUCUUUGUCCCCACCAUGGUGGCCAUGGCGGCCACGACCAGCGAGAAGGAGUCGCCCAAGGUGGUGGCCUUAACAGAGGAGGUGCACUCCCUUCGAGGCAAACUGCGAGAUGCUCAAAUGCUUCAAGCAGAGCUGCAAGAGCAGCUAGUUCCAGUGGAGCGAUUGAAGGCGCAGAUCCGCAAGGAGAAGCAGAUGCGUGCGCAAGCCGAACAGCAGAUCGAGACCAUGGAGGGAGAGGCCAAGAAGCUGAACGAUCAAAUCGCAAAGCUCGUGAAGGACUUGGUGGCCCAGAAGGGAGAGACCAUGAAGUUUGAAGAUCGCUGUUUGGACCUGGAGAAGUUGUGCGCUCAGCUUGGGCAAUCUGAGCGCGGAGCACAGGCCUCGCUCUUCCGAGCGCACGAGCGGGAACAACUCUCGAGGGCAGAUGCUUUCACCAGUGGCAUUGCCAAGAAUCGGGCAGAGGAAGAGAGGGAUGAUGCCAAUGCGCGAGCACAUAGCAAGGAGCAGCAACUGCGUGCUUUGAAGGCCGAAUGGACAGUGCUGAGCAAUCACGAUGCAAAGAUCCAAGAAGAACUGGUGGAAAAGAGAGUUAUGGUGAACGCUCUCCAAAAGGAGAAGGCCUUGCUUCAAAAAGCUCACCGGGAACUGGAGGUCCAAUGUGAGGCGAAACAUGAGGCUCUACAGCAAUCAAAGGCAGAGGUGCAAGCUUUGCGUGAGCGAAGCGAGAUGCUGGAAGCUGAAAGGCUGAAUCUUGAGAAGUUGAAGGAGUGGGUAGAGGCCCGCCACAUCCCUGAAGAUCCUCCCCAGACAUCACUCGAGCUGUCCAAAGCUUUGGUGCCAAUACCGCCUCCGCAACCUGCCGACCGAGCCAUGAAUGCGCGGCUCUUCCGAAGUGCGAUGGACGAUCAAGAGCUCCCUGCUUUUCCCAACUAUCUUCGUCGUGAAAUGAGCUGCCUGAAGUCCCGGCGUGACUAUCCCCGCUGUGCCCAUGCGCGGCAGAUGCGGGGACGGAUCUUGGAUGCUUCACAUGGGCCGCUCUUCGCGGCUUGAAGCUUGGUCUUCAACCAGUCAACUAGGAACUUGUCAGCAAAACCAGAGGCUUUGGUUGUUGUUAUAAUAUGUUAUAAGAUGUUAUAAGUAUAUACCCGGAUCAUCAAGACCUCUUGCAACUAGAAACGCUGG